AUGAAUUUCAGAGUAGAAAUGGCUUGUGGACUUGCAUUGAAGCGUCCGCAUGAGUAUGACUCGUAUUUGGCCGAUGAGAGUUUCCCUCAUGAGGCGAAACGCGCUCGUCAUACUGCAGCCCAUUGCUCACCGUUUCGUCCUCAAAUGGGUACAAUAGCCGCAAAUCUACCAUCUACUAGCAGUUUUGCUCAGGCUGUCAAUAAGGACGAUUCUCCGUUCGCAGCAGUCGCAGGUAAAUGUCAGUUGUCGGAGUCGCAACUAGAUGCAUAUCUACGUUCGGAGGUUCGUAAUGGGCAGCGUCGAAAGCUUUUACCAAGAAGAAACUGCUCAGAUGUAAAGCUCGAGGAUGAGAAUACUCCGCGGAAUGACUACCGUAUUCCAAAUUUCCCUCCUCAGUCCGGAUCAGAUUCAGAAGGCGAGGGUUCUAGCGUCCGAAAAAGUGGCACCAACAAUUACCAAGCACUUGCAGAGAAACCUCAGUUCAGUCUCAAACAGGUACGGAUGAUUUGCGAGCGUCUCCUAAAGGAGCAGGAAAUGCGUCUGCGGUACGAGUAUGAACUGGCCCUGAAUCAGAAACUGGAUGGUAAACUCCUUUCGAGUUUUUUCUUCCUUGAUUCCGGAUCAGAUUCAGAAGGCGAGGGUUCUAGCGUCCGAAAAAGUGGCACCAACAAUUACCAAGCACUUGCAGAGAAACCUCAGUUCAGUCUCAAACAGGUACGGAUGAUUUGCGAGCGUCUCCUAAAGGAGCAGGAAAUGCGUCUGCGGUACGAGUAUGAACUGGCUCUGAAUCAGAAACUGGAUGAGCAACAUGAACAGUACGUCCAAUUCGCAAGCGAACAAAUGGCUGCACAGUUCAAGGAGAAUACAGCAGGAGAAUUUUCAUAUCUUUCAUAA